UUGGACCUUCGUGUAUGAAGUGUUGAAAUUGGACUAUCUCAUGAAAAAUGGAAAACAAAUUCCCCCGGUAUCGGUAUGUAUUAAGUGUUGAAAUUGGACCCUCUUUCACUGCACCAUCUUCUACAACAAACCCCCCUACUCCAAAAUUUCUCUAUCCAAAAACGGGUUUUGUUCCGAAUUCCGUACUAUGGAUCUCCUCUGCAAAACCUACUCAAAUAGUUCCGACGACGACGACGGAAAACAGCAUAAACCUCCCAAAACCGCUCCUCCUCCAUCGAAGCGGCCCAAACCCUAUUUUCCAUCAGCUCAUAAACCCGUCUCUCAGGCUCCGGAUCCCCAAAUCGGAUCUCCAAUUCCUCAAAAUGGAAGGUACGUUUCGAAGAGAGAGAAAGCUCUCAUGGCUUCCGCUUCAAUCACUCAGCCCGACUUUCCUCCUACUUUGCCUCCUUCUCAUGAAAAAGGGAGUAUAUCCAGUGCAGAUGUGCCGCAGGAGAUUUUGUUAUCUUUGAGGAAGCGAGCAAAUACUUGUGCAGAGAAGAACAAAUUACCUUGCAGGUUGUCUAUUGAUUUACAUGGUCACGUGAAACCAGCCAAUGCUGUACAGUGGUCAACAAGUCAUGCCCACCUCUUAGCAUCUGCUGGAAUGGAUAAUUCUGUCUAUAUAUGGAAUGUAUGGAGUGAGCAACAGAAAAAGGCACGCAUAAUUAGUAAUCAUAAUGCGGCUGUUAAAGAUGUGAGGUGGUCACCUCAAGGACAGUUGAUUCUUUCUUGUGGUUAUGAUUGCUCGUCAAGGUUAGUUGACAUUGAGAAGGGUAUAGAAACUCAAAGUUUUACAGAGAAGCAGGCUGUAACAGCAAUUAAGUUCCACCCUCACAACUCAAAUCUUUUCCUGUCUGGUGGGUCAAAGGGCCUCCUCAAAUUGUGGGAUAUCCGUGCAGGAAAGGUGGUUCAUGAGUAUGUAAGACGCCUAGGUCCGAUACUUGAUGUUGAAUUUAUGAAUGAUGGCAAGCAAUUCAUCUCUUCAAGUGAUGUAUCACAAAGCAAUCUCAGUGAAAACUCUCUCAUUGUAUGGGAUGUUUCACGGGAGGUGCCUCUCUCCAAUCAGGUUUAUGUGGAAGCUUAUACAUGCCCUAGUGUAAGAUGUCAUCCCUUUGAACCUUCAUUCGUGGCUCAGUCAAAUGGAAAUUACAUAGCUAUCUUCUCCACUAAGCAUCCAUUCAGACUGGACAAGUACAAGAGGUAUGAAUCACAUGGUGUUUUUGGUUUUCCUAUCAAGUGUUGUUUCAACUUGGAUGGAGAAAUUCUUGCUUCUGGCUCGUCGGACGGUCAAGUUUAUUUUUACAGUGUCAGAUCAUCCAAACUCAUAAAGAAAAUAAAAGCUUAUAAUCAGCCAUGCGUAGAUGUUGCUUUUCAUCCUGUCAUCCCUAAUGUUAUCGCUUGCUGUAGUUGGGCUGGGGAUGUUUCAGUUAUUGAUUGAUGUUAUCAAAUUUGUACUUCAUCCUGAUUGUCUUUGACUGUGGAGAGGCGAGGUUGCAAGUCUAAUUAAUACCAAGUAUUCUUCAUAUGGAAAAGAAAUAACAUGUCUGAUGCUCUGUUUUAAUGCCCCUA